UCUCACGCGCCAAAAAAUACUCAUCGUCUUUUGGAUUGGUUUUCAGUUCUGGUCUGUCCCGACCCGGCCAAACCAGGGAAAAUAGGCUCGUUCCGACCGAACACGCUUCAUCUCUCCUCCACUUCUGUGUCAGAUGAUUGCGAUCAGAAACAGAUAUUUCGUUAAAGAUGAUAAUCCCAAAAUAGGAAAAGUUUUGGAAACCAUAUGGAAGUUUAAAGUUAGCGAGAGAGAGAGAGAUCGAAAACAUGUGGCUAGUGUUGUGUAAAGAGACCGAGUCACCCGAGCAUCAUCACCCUCACGCCCACUCGGACCUAACCAACAAAACCUCGCCACGUUAUCUGUAAUCCGAGUUCCCGUGAGUUAGGGAUCUUUACUUGAAUGAACCAGACAUGUUCGCAGAGUCACACAUACACACAACAACCAAACCUUCACAAGUUUUUUUGUCGUCCCCUCGUAUGGAAUCCAUUGUGGGGCGACACAAACAUUAAUAUCUUCUUUUGCUUCUGCUCUUCUUGAUCUUCUGUCAAGAUUCGUUUUAGCUCCCCCAUCUUAUACUAAAAAAGAAAAGGUUAUAAUCUUUUGGUCUUGAUAUUUCAGAAGCUAAUCAAUCUGGUUAUAUUACCGAUCUUUCUUUAUUGAGAUUACUUGCAGGACAAGUAAUUAAUAGGGUUUGUUGUAAAGUGUAGGGAGAAAAAAAGAAAGAAGAAAGAUGGGAGGAAUGAAAGAUGAGGCGAAUAGGAUAACAAUCCCUCCAUUGUUUCCAAGGGUUCAUGUGAAUGAUACUGGGAGAGGAGGCCUGUCUCAGCCAUUUGAUGGCAAAUCAAUGUCUCUUUCUAAACGUUCCACUCUUCCUUGUCCAACAAACAAGAUCUCUGAUUCUCCUUCCACACUCUCUCUGUCUCUUGCUCCACAAGCCAACAACACCCGUCUCCAUGGUCGACCUGAAAAGAGUCAGUUUUCACCAGUCUACAACACUUCUCCAGCAUCGAAGUUUGAGGGGAAGGUGAAUCAUCCAAGUGCCAGAGGAUCACCAGUUACUAAUACAAAGCCUAGUUCAAUAAAACAAAAUGAGUACCAUUUCAAGAACCUUACCAACUUGGAUUCUCUCAAGGAUCCUGUUGUUAGACACUCGGAAACAAAUCCACAAGCAAACACAGAUCUAUCACUCCAGUUUUGUAAUAGCAGUAGCAACAUAGUAAAAGGAGGAGAAGCCGCUGGUUCCAAGGCUUCCCUGAACACUCUUCAUACUCGAGAAUUACUUUUGCAAGAUGAAAGCAAGAGAGGGUCGUCUCUUAGUAUGAUGAAAUCUCAAUUGUAUAGAAGAAGAGCCCUUGAUGUAUUCAACGUUGAAACUCAAAAGAAGCUCAAAACUGUGCCUCCGCGUGAACAAGAUGUCUCAGACUCUUCUGCCAUUGACUCCUUGUCUGGUGUGAGUGCAUCGUCUAAUGAUAUUGCAAGAGUGAUAGGUAACAAGAGGUUUUGGAAGAUGAGAGCUUACAUGAUCAAUCAGCAAAAGAUCUUUGCGGCACAAGUCUUUGAGCUUCAUAGGCUAAUAAUGGUUCAAAAGAUGGUUGCAAGAUCGCCUAACCUGGUUCUUGAAAGUAAGCUUCAUGGCCUAAGACGUGGUGGUACAAUAGUUGCUUCAAAGGUUAAGAAACCAAACACAGAAAAUCAAAAACCUGUAACCGAAGAAUAUCCAGAGCAUAUGAAACCAAAGCUUCCUCUACCUUCCAUAACCAAAGAGCUCAUGAACCCUAUUUGGCAACAACAGCUACUUCCUCCUCCUGGAAACCAAUGGUUAGUUCCUGUAAUGUCUCCAUCAGAAGGUCUGGUCUAUAAACCAUACGCAGGACCAUGUCCUCCUCCUCCUUCAGCUUUCAUGGUUCCAAUCUACGGACAAGAUUCGCUGCUCGACACGUCAGCAUUCAGGUUCCCCGUUUCUACUCAGUUUAGCCACAACUACUUCCCACAGCCUAACGCGAGGACAACAGUACUUGACCAGACAAACCCGUUUGGUCAGCUUCAGAGAUGGUCUACCACGUCUAGCCACAUGACUCAAGCCAUUCCGUUUUCUUUAAAGAAAUCUCAGGAAUCUAAUGACAGCGAUGUACAUGGAAGUACAGCUUCAAGUCCACCAGAGAAGUCUAAAUUUGAUGUGCUUCCUCUUUUUCCUACAGAGCCUACUCAUCACAAUGAGCAGAAACAGCAACCGCUGCAACAUCGUGCCAUUAAAGCCAUUCCUCAUACUUCAACAUCUGCCUCUGAAUCUGCUGCAAGAAUAUUCCGUUCUAUUCAAGAAGAAAGGAGGGACUCAGAUCAUAUGAUUAGUUAGUUUUUCUUUACUCUCCACAUUCUUUUUGCUCCAUAAUUGCUUCUUAAUCUAGUUAAGUUUUUCAGUGUAUUCUAUUUACUAUUACAUAAAACAUACACACACACAU